AUGAGGAACUCAACAACAACAAACACGAACACUAACUCUGUCAACAAUAAUGUCACUGUGACCAUAGCGCCAAAUAAGGUGGAGAAAGUAAUGUUCGAUAAUCGUAUUAAGCGGAAAAAUGUAUUGGCCUUAAAUGAAAAAGUCGCCGCUAUACGAGAAUAUGAAAAACGGCCGAUCUACAAGCGCAUUGGCCGCAUGUUCCAGUGCAGUCCGGAUCAGAUCAAACGCAUUGUCCAACAAAAGGAAACCAUUCUGAAGGCCUGGGAGCAGAGAACACGUAAAAGUCGUGAUGCCAAAACAUUGGAAAUGAAAGUGGUACGCGUUUCAAUGCUGGGCAAAGCAGUCUACGAAUGGAUACGACGCAUGAUGUACUACAAGGAUAUACUUAUAACCGAUGGCUUGAUACAAAAGAUGGCGUUGCAAUUUAAAAGUGCCAUGGGUUUGCAGAACUUCUUUCCACACAAAGAAUGGUGUGAUAAGUUCCGAGCCACGUAUAAAAUCCAUGCAUGUGAUAGUAAAACAUUAAAUAUUGGCUAUACCCAGGGUCACUCGGUACAGAUUAAAGAUGUUAUGAAGGAUGUCCUGUCGGAGUGUAGUCCCAGCGAAGAAGACGAAGAAAACGAUGUUAUGUCGAAUGAUGAUUGUAUCAGCAUUGACAGCAGUGAUAUGGACAAUGAGGGAAAUAACCAUAGAAAUCGAAAUUCCACCAACAUUAACAAUAAAACACUGGUCCUGCCCACAACAUCUACAUUGCCUGCAGGCAAUACCAUGAAAGGAAUGCACCAAUUGGUGGCAUUGCCGUUACAAGGAAAUGGCAUAUCACCGGGUAUUGGACAGAAAGUAUUGGUAGCAACUCCAAUUGUGCAACCGGGACAAAAACCAAGUUCGGGUCCCAUGACUAUGACCAUUAUUCCGUUGACAAGUCUGGGUCAAGCUGCAUUAAAUAACAGCAAUCUGAAUGCGAGCAACGUGAUGGCGGCAUUAAGUAAUAAUUCCCCAGCGACUAGCUUUAGUUUUGCCCCCAAAAACAAAAAUGUACAACCAGAAACAAACAAUGAUGAUAAUAUUAGUGUACCCAAUCCCAUAAUGGAAAUCAAACAGGAAAUCAAAGAAGAACCAAAAGAUGAAGAAUUUUUGGAGGAACAUAAGGAAGCCACAAACCCUCCUGAAGCGACAACUGAUGUCAUUAAAAUUAAAAAGGAAUAUGUAACAGAUGAUGAAGAGGAAUUAACAUCGUCAGCUGUGGCGGCGGCUGCGAAUAAACCCCCAAUGAAUAUGCCCACCUUAUUGCCAGCCCAUGUGGUUGCCAUUCCGAUACACAACAGAGAUAUGUUGGAAGAAUCCUCUAAAGAUUCACUUGAUGAUUUAACAUUGUCAUCGUUGAGAAAACGUAUCAAGACUGAGAAAAUCUCCGAGGAUGAGGAACAACAGCUCGAACAGCAAAGCAAACCCGAGGAACAAGAACAAACUACGUCACAGAGAGAAUCAGCAGCGCCACCACAACCACCAGCGAAGAGAACUAGGACAUCAUUGCCUCCGCUAACAAAAGCACCGACAUUUAAUGAAACCACAACAACAAAUUCUCUACAAUCUUAUGAUUCGUCUACUUCUGUUUCUUCUUCAUCGGGAACUAUUGGCACACAAAAACGUAAAAAUCACAACGACGAUUAUAUCAAUGAGUGCCCAGAGGAGUUACCCGCCAUACGCACUUGUGCCGAGGCCCGUAAAUAUUUAAAAUUAAUCGAAGAUUUUGCAUUGGAACGUGAAAAUUUCCGUUUAAUCGGUUUAAUAACACGGGCCGAUGAAGUCUUGCGAGAAUUGGACCGAAAGGAGGCCAAUGGUAGUGUACAGGAUAAUGAAGAUGAUGUAGAUAUUGAUUAG